AUGGAUGAGUUUCAAUUGUUUACACUACUAAUUGUACCAAUUCUUACAAUCUUAUCAUUUUGUGCAUGGUGGUGGAUUACGUCAUCAUCUAUAAACAAGAACUCGCCACCAUCGCCGCCGGCUCUCCCGAUCAUCGGAAACCUCCACCAGCUCGGUAAACUCCACCACCGCUCCCUCUACCGGCUAUCCAAGAAACACGGCCCGCUCAUGCUCCUCCACUUGGGCUCGAAGCCGACGAUCGUAGUUUCGUCGGCAGAUGUAGCCAAACAGAUCCUUAAAACUCAUGACCUUUCAUUUUCAAACAAGCCUGCCCUAAUCUCCACGAAGAAAAUAUUCUACGACUCGAAGGACCUGAUAAACUUACCCUACGGUGACGAAUGGAGGAAGCUGAGAAGCAUCCUCCUCCACGAGCUUCUCAACACGACGAGCGUGCGGUCGUACAGAUCGAUCACGGAGGAAGAAAUGGACCUCAUGGUGGGAAAGAUUACGAAAGAGCACUGCUCGGGCGGCCGGCCGCCGUUGAACUUGACGGACAUGUUUCUGUCGCUGUCGAACGACUUGAUUUCCCGGGCCGCUUUCGGGAAGAAGCACAUGAGCGAAACGGAGAGCGGGGAGAACUUCUUUAAGACGAUGGUCGAGAUCGUGGGGCUGCUUUACAGUUUCACGGUGGGGGAAUUAAUUCCGUGGCUCGGGCGGGUUUCCUUGUAUAAUUGA